AAAAAAAAUUACAGAAAUAUUAGUUAGGCUGGAUUGAAAAAAAGCAUAUUACCACUUUUUUUUUUUUCCUUUUCAUUUUUAAAUGGAAGAAUUACCACAUCGUUAGUUUUAAAGAGUUGCCGCAAGCAUCUUCUAAAGAGUCUCUUCAAAAACUAAGAAGACCCAAAUCAUCUGCUCUUGGCAGCUUUGAGAUAGAGCGACUACGGAGAUAAAGCAAUGUUGCAGUGCAUAUUUCUGCUAUCAGAUUCUGGGGAGGUGAUGCUUGAGAAGCAGUUUACUGGGCACCGCGUAGAUCGCUCCAUUUGUGCUUGGUUUUGGGAGCACGCCGUUUCUCAUGGCGAUUCCUCAAAGUUACAACCAGUAAUUGCUUCACCAACACAUUAUCUUUUCCAAAUUUUUCGAGAGGGGAUCACAUUUUUAGCAUGUACUCAAGUUGAAAUGCCACCUUUGAUGGCUAUUGAGUUCCUUUGCAGGGUGGCUGAUGUCCUCUCUGAUUACCUUGGAGAACUGAAUGAAGACUUGAUAAAAGAUAACUUUAUCAUUGUGUAUGAGCUUCUGGAUGAGAUGAUAGACAAUGGCUUCCCUCUCACCACAGAACCUACUAUCCUGAGAGAGAUGAUUGCUCCACCGAAUAUUGUUAGCAAGGUGUUGAGUGUUGUGACAGGCACCAGUUCCAACGUCAGCGACACACUUCCAGUCGCAACAGGAUCUUGUGUUCCUUGGAGAACAACAGAUCUAAAAUAUUCAAGCAAUGAAGUUUAUGUUGAACUUGUUGAAGAGAUGGAUGCAACUAUAAACAGGGAUGGGGUCCUGGUGAAGUGUGAGAUAUAUGGUGAAGUUCAAAUAAACUCUCAUAUCACAGGUCUUCCUGAUUUGACUCUCUCAUUUAGCAACCCUUCCAUUCUUGACGAUGUAAGAUUUCAUCCAUGUGUUCGUUUUCGCCCUUGGGAAUCCCAUCAAACUUUGUCGUUUGUGCCUCCUGAUGGACAUUUUAAGCUGAUGAGUUACAGGGUUAGAAAGUUGAAAAACAUUCCAUUAUACGUAAAGCCACAGAUAACCUCAGAUGCUGGGACAUGUCGUAUUAGUCUAUUGGUUGGAAUACGAAAUGAUCCGGGGAGAACAAUUGAUUCAAUAACUUUGCAAUUUCAAUUGCCUCCUUGUAUUUUGUCAGCUGAUCUGUCUUCAAACCAUGGAACGGUGAAUAUCCUUGCUAACAAGACAUGCUUUUGGUCAAUUGGACGGAUUCCAAAAGAUAAAACUCCUUCAAUGUCUGGAACAUUAGUGCUUGAGUCAGGAUUAGAACGCCUUCAUGUGUUUCCCACAUUUCAGGUGGGUUUUAGGAUUGCGAAUAUUGCUCUCUCUGGCCUUCAAAUAGAUAAACUGGAUCUGAAGACUACGCCUGCUCGGUUUCACAAAGGUUUUCGAGCUGUUACACGUGCAGGGGAAUUCGAAGUCAGGUCAUAAUCCAUGAAGAGUACCAGUUUCGGAUGCUCCUUUUAAGGACUUGUUGGUCAUGUAAUAUGAUAGUGAUGACUGAUUGUUUCAUUUGUAAAUUUGUUUUAUAUGGUGGGAUUUUAUGGUUUUAGAAGUAUUUUUGUAUGGAAAUUACAAGAUAAUAAACAAUAUGAAAAGGAAAGAAGCAAAUUCUGUUUUGAAAAUUUCAA